AUGAAGAGAGGCAGAGGGACCAGGGUUGGUGAGACGUUGAGCCUGGGAUCUAUAGCCGGCCAUGAAGGAGGAAGAGAUGACGACGAUGAAGGAAAAGGAGAGCAAGAGACUGCCUUAGCCGAAGCAAGGCCGACAAGCAAGCCGAUCAAAAAGAAAGCACGGCGCAAAGCAAAGAGAGACAGUGUGAACCUUCCUCGCAUAUACGGUUUCAACGGCUAUUACCAACGAGUCAACCACUAUACUAGAACAAAGAAGGGGAGAGAGAGGUCACUUGAUGGGGGAAGCCAGCGACAACAACAUGGAGACGACUCCUUAUCCCGCUGCAACUUGGCCGCUCUCCAAAGGUUAAAUACGGUAAGUGGAGCGAUGGAGAAGAGAGCACAGGAGAGAGAGAUGGACAGUAGAAGUAGAGAAGAAGCACUCAACUUAGGUGGUAGACGCAGUGGCAGCAGCAGUAAGAGCGAGCACCAAAUAGUGAAAGGGAAAAGAAGGAGAGAGAAAGAGGCAGCAAGAGAGGCCGCGGAGAAGCAGACGGAGACGAUCAAGGGCCUGUCUGGGCCUUCUUUUAAGUAA